AUGGGCAACACGGUGCACAAGACGCUGGCAGCGUUUCUAACGGCGCCGGUGUGUUCUCCUUUUGCAGACACCAGUCACCAGACCCGCUCUGUGUCCAGCCGCCCCUACUACAGCCUGCCCAACAGCAGCCAUGAGAGACGCUCUGUCCUGGCGAUCACGGAGCCGCCGCGCUUCCACUCCCAAGCCAAAGGCAAGAAYGUCCGUCUGGAUGCUCACUCUCGCAAGGCCACCCGGAGGAACAGUUUCUGUAAUGGGGUCACCUUCACCAACCGGCCCAUCCACCUCUACGAGAAAGUGAGGUUGAAGCUGGUGGCUGUGCACCACGGGUGGAGCGGUGCCCUGCGGUUUGGCUUCACCAUCCACGACCCGUCGCAGAUGAGCUCUGACGACAUACCAAAGUACGCCUGUCCGGACCUGGUGACCCGGCCUGGAUACUGGGCCAAAGCUUUGCCGGAGCGGUUCGCCGUCAGAGACAAUGUCUUAGCCUUCUGGGUUGACCGUCAUGGGAGAGUCUUCUACAGUAUUAAUGAUGAGGAGCCAAUAUUGUUUCACUGUGGUAUUAAAGUUUCCGGUCCUCUCUGGGCACUCAUAGAUGUCUACGGAAUUACCCAUGAAGUGCAAAUACUAGACAGCAUGUUUGCAGAGACCAUGACCACUGCCCGGCUCAGCUCUGCACGGCUCAGCACUUGCCUUCCUCAGAGCAACCACGAUUCGGCCAACUUCAAUAACAAUGAGCUGGAGAAUAACCAAGUGGUGGCCAAAAUUGCCAACCUCAACUUGGGUCGGGUGCCAGGACUUCCCACAGACAACCACAUCAUCCCGUGCUGCCCCAGCAGACGGCAGCGGGCCCAGGGGGUGCCGGCCUUCCUGGACACAGAUCUGCGAUUCCACCCGACCCGUGGACCUGACAUCACCUUUUCUCAGGACCGGAUGGUCGCGUGCACCAACUGGCAAGAAAGCAAUAGGACUUUGGUGUUUUCCGACCGGCCUUUGCACAUCGGUGAAAGCCUCUUUGUGGAAGUAGGACAUCUUGGGUUGCCGUAUUACGGGGCCCUUUCUUUUGGCAUCACUUCUUGUGAUCCAAGUACUUUACGGACAAAUGAGCUCCCGGCAGAUCCAGACUUUCUCCUGGACCGCAAGGAGUACUGGGUGGUUUACCGAGCUUUCCCCGUCCUCAACAGCGGGGACAUUCUCAGUUUCAUGGUCUUGCCGAACGGAGAGGUGCACCACGGGGUGAACGGAGCCAGCCGAGGAAUGCUGAUGUGCGUGGACACCUCACAGUCCCUCUGGGUGUUUUUUACAAUCCAUGGUGUAAUCAACCAGCUCAAAAUAUUGGGCACUGUGCAGUCCAGCCCAGUGACCGUCUCUCCCUCAGGAUCCCCCGGYGGCUCCCAGUACGACAGCGACUCCGAUAUGGCCUUCAGCGUGAACAGGUCGUCGUCGGCGUCCGAGUCGUCGCUYGUGACUGCUCCCAGCUCCCCCCUGAGUCCUCCCAUCUCUCCUGUCUUUUCCCCUCCGGAGCCAUCGAGCAGCAAGAACGGGGAAUGCACCGUGUGCUUUGACAGCGAGGUGGACACGGUGAUCUACACCUGCGGACACAUGUGCCUCUGCAACACCUGCGGUCUUAAGCUGAAGAAGCAGCUCAACGCCUGCUGCCCAAUCUGCCGACGGGUCAUCAAAGAUGUUAUUAAAAUAUACCGUCCCUAGGGCCCGCCUCGGGCGGCAGGAGGGGAGCACCCCGCUGGCAGUACCCAUGCCUUUCCGUCCCUGCUUAUGGGUUAUCGUGCUGGUCAGUCGUUAUCAAGUGGCUCGUUGUCUGUGUUUCCUUAUUUGACCGGUAGGGCACAAUUCAGGGAUAAAAUUGAGCUGAGGAUCYAACGGGGCCCAAAGCCAAGGCUGCCGUAAAAAGCCAGGCGUUGAAUAGUCGCGUGCCUACUGGUGAAGCCAGUGAAUCACUUUAUGGACCCAAACCA